AUGCCGUACCUCAAUACGCCCGCCGACGCGCCGUCGGUCUCUGACCUAGACUCGAAUGCUUUCGAGAAGCUCGUGCGAGACCUUAGUGCUGUGUUGGGGUCGAGCUCAGGUCUAGACUCGGAUGAUGUUGAUCCGAUGGUGAUCCUGAAAUUGAUGGAUAAAUAUGUGUCGAAUGAAUCAGAAUGGGGUUCAUUCGCCCUGGGGGACGCGAGCAGAGCCUAUACGCGAAACCUGAUUGAUGAGGGAAAUGGAAAGAGUAAUCUCCUCAUUCUAGUCUGGACGCCCGGAAAGGGGAGUGCGAUUCACGAUCAUGCCAACGCACACUGCGUGAUGAAGAUACUGAAGGGAAAAUUACAAGAGACCCUUUAUUCAUGGCCUGAUGAGGAAAAGAUCAGACAGGGGGAGACGUCUCCGCUCCUCGUAACCAAAGACACUACCUAUCAUGAAAACCAAGUCACCUACAUGUCUGACAAACUUGGCCUUCACCGCGUCUACAACUCCGACUCGGACAACUUUGCCAUUUCUCUACAUCUUUACACACCACCCAGCGCUUCAAUCCAUGGUUGUGGUCUCUACGACGAAAAAACCGGCAAGUCCAAUCACAUCAAGAUGUCCAAUUUCUACUCUGUUCGCGGCAAACGCCCGAGCGACCUUGAAAAGCAAUAA